CAACAAAAUAAUUGUUUAAAUACCUUUUUACAUUUGUGUUUAAAACCAAUUUCAUUGUGUUUUAACUGUAUCAAUGAAGUUCAAAUUGAUAGAACAACGAUUUAAAAUAGUCAAUCUAUUCAUUAUAUUGAAUUGUUUUUUUGCAAUAUCAGGUUUCGUUUUAUUUGUUUUAAGCGUCAAAGCACAAUACAAUUUAUUUCAAUAUAAAAUCAUUAUCAAUUAUACAACACCGAUUAUAUUCCCUGCGGUCAUUUUUACCGGAUCUGUUAGUUUGUUGGCUGCCAGUUUAGGUUUUAUUGGAUUAUGGAAAAAAAUCAAUAUUUUCUUCAUUCUGCAUCUUGCUUGUUUAACUAUGAUAACAUUGAUUGAUGCAAGUGUUGCGAUUGCCUCUUUGGUAAAUGCAGAUCACUUUCUAGAAAAAGUUGAAAUUUCAUUAAACAAUGCUCUACAGUAUUAUUAUUCAAGAGAUGAAUAUGGUGAUGAAUUUGACCGAUUACAUACAAAUUUCUAUUGUUGUGGAGUGAAUUCGUAUGCGGAUUUUCGAAAACUCAGAGUAGUGAUACCAUUUUCAUGUAGAAUUGAUCAGUUUGUUUAUGCACAAGGUUGUUAUGAUGAAUUAAGUGAAUUUGUACAACAUUACAUUACUUUAUUCAUUUCAAUGUGUUUUGUCACAUCAGUUGUUUAUGCUUUGUUCAUUGCGAUAUCCAUUAUCAAACUUCGUCAAUCCAUUCAAACAAUCAAUACAUCUUCAGAAAACAAUGAAUAACUGAACACCAAAACUAUUCAACAUUGAUCAAUUGAAUGUCAUGAAGAAAAGAAAACAGAAUAGAGUAUUAUCACAUUCAGUUAUUCUAUUCAAAAUGAUUAAUAUUUUUUCACUGUAAUUGUUAUUUUAACCUAUUCUUUGAAUUUGAAAAUGUAAUGUGAAUUUUUUGGUGUGUGCGCGCUAAUUUUUGCAUGGCGCGAAAGAGCUUUUAAAGUAAAUACGUUCAAUGAUCAAUAAACCAAUUUUGUUUUGAUGCAUCACAAAUUCAUAUAAAACGAAGAAAUUUUUA